AUGCAAGAUAAUAAGAAAAAUCCAAAUUUUCUUUUGUCCAUAAUAUCUUCGUUGGGGAAUAUAGCAAAAGGAAAGAGUUCCUUUAAAAAAUCGUUCAAAGAAAAGGAAAUAAAAUUAAAAAGCAACAAAUUUGCAACACAUAUAUUUUUCAAGUCUUUUUUUAGUGCAUUAGUUCUGUCUUUGUAUUACCUUCUCCUACAAAACAUCAACGCAUCUACAGGAAAUAAAUAUCCACAUUCACACUUAAAGAAUAGACAUUCGAGGAUAUUAUAUCAAGACAUUCCUUCAUUUUUAAAAGGAUCCCGAGCUAAUAAUACUACCGAAGGACAGAAGAAGAAUCCAUUUCCAUUUAAACAUGCUGAUAAUAACAGUUCUGGAAAUGUGGAUAAACAGAAUGAAGACUUGAAAAAAAAGCUUUCGAACCACAACCAAUUGAAAACCAACACGGGCAAGAAAGAAGAAUAUAAUAAAAACGAAAUCAUGUUCAGUUGUGCAAAUACUGGUAAUUGCGAAGAAGUAACAGAAGACGAAUUAAACGAUAAAUUAAAUAACAUAAAGGGGGCGGUUAACGCCAAAACGAUGCAUCUUGUAUGGAAAUAUGUACAUAAUCAUGAGAAGGUAAAUUUUGUUCGAAUGCAACAAGAAAUACAAAAUUAUUGUAAAUUGUUAGCUAAACAUUAUAACAUACCAAAAGAAUUUGAAACGAAAAAAUGCAAACAUGUAGAUGAUAAAAUAACGAAUGCACUAGUAAAAAAAGAACGUUUUGAUUUAAAAAAUAUAAAGGAAUUUGCUAAGGAAGAUUUUUGUGCAAGGUGGGAAUUUCUGAGGUACAUCAAUUUGAAGAGAAGUUCGUGGAAAGAACUUCGAGAAUCCAAAAAGGAAAAGUGGGCAAACUAUAUAAAUGACGUGUUCAAAAAGUACAAAGGUAAAAAGUGA